CAUUUCCAGCAACUUCUGCACGGUUUGCUAGACUCUUCUGUAGUGGGCGUGGCCGAGCUCACCUGUCCCGCCGGGAAAUGGCGGAGGUUUUUGUGACGGAAUUGCGUUGGAAAAGUGCGCGCGAGCGCGAGCGGCAGCGGCGCGGGUGGGGUUAUGCGCUCGUGCAUGUAGCUUCUAACGUAAGGGUGGAGGGAGAAAGAUUUAGAAACGGAGAGAGAACUUAUCUAUGGCUUCUCGAAGAUCAUCUCCUCAGAGCACCGCGACUUUUUAUUAAAGCGCGCGCAGGAACCGGAGGAGAAGCGAGCACGAGGAAGGAGACAUGAAUCCGGCGGGCAAGGAGAACGAGGUGUUCAGGGACGAGUCCAGAACAGCAGAGAGAGAUCAGGGUUGGAUCCCAAAGGUCAUAAAGAAGAGAGUGUGCACGACGUUCGUGGAGGAUCCUCUCAGUAAUGGAGAUCAGUGUCAGUGUGGUGGUGAUCGUGCUCGUCAUGGUUCUAUAGCUACAGGGGAUUAUUUCGGCUCUGCGAUCGUGACUCAGUGGGACUCGUCCAAACACACGUCUGAGUGUCCAACCGACGCUUUCGGAGAACUCAAGUUUGCCGGCAUCGCUCACAGACAAAGUAAUUUCCUGCGUCUCUCGUGUGACACUCCCUCUUCGCUCGUCUAUGCCAUCCUGACUCAGCACUGGGGUCUGCCGCCUCCCAACCUGGUGGUGUCGUUAGUGGGGGGCGUCGGCCAGGAGAAGGUCAGGAGCUGGGUACGAGAUGUGGUGAGACAGGGGCUGGUACGAGCGGCACAGAGCACAGGUGAACUUUGACCUCUGCAUCAUAUUUUUUUAACCGCUUGUCGCUGAGCUGCCUGCGUGUGUACGCGUGUGUGUGUGUGUUUGCGUGUGUACGCGUGUGUGUGUGUUUGCGUGUGUACGC